GACACACUGUUUUUAGUAGUCUGCUAACCGCAGAAGGUAAUGGUGGUGUGUUAUUUGUUCUUAGUGAACGUGAUAUAAAAGACAACAAGAUAGGAGAUGUAAUCCGUUUCCAUACAGAGAAAGGAGUUACAGCUUCUUGCAAUACAUUGCGAAAAGCAGAAGCUCUUGCGACGAGGAAGUGUUAUUUGUGAAAAUCUGGGCAUGGUGUGUUACACGAAAAGAUUAUUGAUAUAAGAAAAUGUCGCUGUUGCCGACGACAGUACGUCUAGCCAAAAGAAAUUCACUGACAAAUAGGUGAAGAUGGAAGAUGAAGCGGACCUCAGAGAACAAUUAUUUCACAACACAGUACGGGAGAACAUCAUAUUUCUCCUACUAUUUUUGGCUUUGUACGUGUCGAGCUACGCGUUAAUUGCAAAAUUUCGUCGAAGGGAUCGCGAGGAUUACUUUUCUGUCGAUGAAGAUGAAGCGACCGUCUACAGGAUCAGUCUCUGGCUAUGCACUGUUGCACUGACGGUUUCCGUCGGAGCGACCUUACUGCUUCCGGUUUCGAUCGCUAGCAAUGAAGUCCUCAUUUUAUACCCAAACAGCUAUUACGUCAAGUGGCUCAAUAGCUCUCUUAUUCAAGGUCUGUGGAAUCAUGUGUUUCUCUUUUCAAAUUUAUCCCUCUUUGUGUUUCUGCCAUUUGCUUACUUGUUCACGGAGUCUGAAGGAUUUGUUGGCUACAGGAAGGGUGUUAUGGCCAGAGUUUAUGAAACUGUGACAGUGCUUUGUCUAUUGGGAACACUUGUAUUAGGAAUGACAUAUGUCUUAUCAGCACUUAUAGAUUAUCAGAAAUCCAGUCUUCACACAUUGCUCAAUUUAUGGAGUUAUUAUUUGCCUUUCCUUUAUUCUUGCGUUUCGUUCGUUGGAGUUGUUAUGUUAUUGCUUUGUACACCAAUGGGAUUUGUAAGAUUAUUCGGAGUAGUCGGUUCGUUUCUGGUGAAACCGCAGUUCCUAAAAAACUUAGAUGAAGAAUUUUUCGCCUAUAGAUUAGAAGAGGAUUGUAUUCGACGAAGACUGCAAUAUGCGAAAGCAACAGGAAAAUCAUACGUUUCGCCAGUGCCUAUGUCUAUACCAACUUGUGGUUCAGUACGAGAUGAUGAUGAGCUUUUAAAUGUAAAUCCGAGCCUAAUGUAUUUAAAAAAUGGUGCUCUUCAGCGUGGAUUGGCUCAACGAUUAGAGGACAUCGAGAAGCGAAGAAAAAUCUUAGAUCAACAGAGACGAACCUGGUGGGUUCGACGUACGUUGCUCUAUCCUUUGGCUAUGCUAGCAUUACUAAUGCUUUCCACUGCCACAGCUCUGCUGGCGGUUCAAAAUACAUUAGAACUACUUAUUGGUAUUAAGGCAUUACCUUUAAGUACAAGGCAAUUUACUUUGGGUAUCAAUUCGUUAUCGAAGCUUGGUCCCGUUGGAGCAGCUUUAGAAGUGGCAGUAAUUUUAUACUUAGCAGCGACCAGCGCAAUAGGUUUGUACACACUACCUGGUGUUAGAAGCGUUCGACCACGGUUUCAUUCCACGCCACUUACUCAUCUUAUCGCGAAUUGUGCCCUCCUUCUCGUGCUCAGCUCAGCAUUGCCACUGUUAUCUCGAAUAUUAGGUAUGACGAAUUUCGAUUUGCUUGGCGAUUUCGGGCGUAUCGAGUGGCUUGGUAAUUUUAAGCUAGUAUUAUUCUAUAAUUUAAUAUUUGCCACGGCAGCUAUCAGUUGUUUAGCCACUAAAUUUACGGCGACGGUACGUAAAGAAAUUUACUCAAGAUUAAAAAGCAGUCUGAUAGGAAUCUUUAGAAGCGAAGGUAAGAAAAGUUUUAUAGGAAUGUUUUCUACAAAAGAAGAUUAGACUGACUUACGUUAUAAUCAGACAGAGAUUUACAAUUUAUUAGUGUUAAAAGUAAAUAAAUAAAUGAAUGAUUGUAUGCGAUUUACUCGUGCAUUGUGCGUGCGUGUAUGUAUGAGUAAAAUUCUAUUUAAAAUUGUAAAAUCAUGCAGUAAUAUUUAAAAAAACUAAAUCAUACGUGAAAUACAAUGAAAAUUUAAUUGGAUAAUAUUUGAUUAGUGGAAAAUUAGGAAUAUAUCAUAUUAUUAUACAUUUAUGCAUGAGCGUGUGUACGUAUAGUUAUAUUAAUUAUUUAUUAUACGAUUACUAUUUUAAUAAUCAUUUAUCGAAUGUAUACACACCACUGUGCGAGCUGAGUUUUGUGAUAAAAACGUAGAUGAGUAUUCAAGAAAUACAAGAAUUCUCGUUGUA